AACCAUUUUCAAAUAAACUAUUACAAAACCAAAUGCUGAUCAUCGGCCAAUCUGGCUCCCAGAUUACUACUCUUGUUUCUGCUGUCUGCAACGUCAACAACAACAACUCACAUGGCCAAAACAACCACCACCACCCAACAACUGAUCAUAGGAAUAAAAGAUGCAGAAGCAACUUGCAUAUGGAGAAGCUGAUAAAGGAAACCAAACAAGUCCUCGACAAAAUGACAUCAGAACACCAUCGAGAUCAAAGUCUGCUUAUGAUCGACGCCCUACAACGCCUGGGAAUCGAUUACCAUUUCCACGACGAAAUUCAAAGUAUUCUUAGCAACCGUCAUUAUGUUGAUUUCAACUUGCAUGGCGGAUCAUACACUGAAUACAGUCUUUACCAUGCUUCCACUCGCUUUAGACUGUUGAGACAACAAGGCUUCAACGUCUCCUCAUAUGAUGCGUUUAAGAAAUUUAAGAACAACAAAGACGGGAGUUUUAAGAAGGAAUUGAUACUUGAUAUCAAAGGACUUAUGGGUUUAUACGAGGCAUCACAGAUGAAUAUGGGAUCAGAAGAUUUAGUGCUCGACGAGGCCGAGGAAUUCAGUGCUCGGUUCUUAAAUGCUUCAAUGAGUAGUCUUUAUGAUCAUAGGGAAAUAAGAUUGGUUGGAAACACUUUAAAGCACCCUUACCACAAGAGCUUGUCUAGGUUCAUGGCCAAUGACUUCCUUAAGGAUUUCAAUGGCUUUAAUGGAUCAUGGGAAAAUAUGGUUAAGGAACUUGCAAGGCUUGAUUUUGAUAUGAUCCAGACUUUGCAUCAAAAGGAAGUUUUUCAAGUCUCCAAAUGGUGGAAUGACAAAGGUCUAGCGAAGGAAUUGAAGUUUGCUAGAGAUGAACCUGCUAAAUGGUAUUUAUGGUCCAUGGCAACCAUUACCAACCCUAAGUUUUCUGAUCAGAGAGUUGAAUUAACAAAGGCAGUCUCAUUUAUCUACCUCAUAGAUGACAUCUUUGAUGUUUAUGGGUCACUAGACCAACUCACUCUAUUUGCAAAAGCCAUCGAAAGAUGGGACUUUAGAAUGGUAGAACAAUUACCAGAAUGCAUGAAAAUCUGCUUUAGGGCACUCGAUGACGUCACCAAUGAAUUUUCAUGCAAAGUAUUCAAUCAAAAAGGUUUUAAUCCUGUGGAUAUUCUUCGAAAGGCGUGGUCGAAUCUAUGCAAUGCAUUUUUAGUAGAAUCGAGAUGGUUUGCUUCCGGGAACUUACCUAACGCAGAAAAUUACUUGAAAAAUGGGAUUAUCAGUUCCGGCGUGCCUCUCGCGUUACUUCACCUCUUCUUUCUACUCGAAACAGAUAUCAACUCAACAAUGGCGGCUAAUAAUCUAUUGAAUGAUUGUCCCUUGAUUUUCUCAAUUUCCACUAUUCUUCGUCUCAGCGACGAUUUAGGAAGCAACAAGGACGAGAAUCAAACCGGAGAAGACGGGUCCUAUGUGGAUUGCUUCAUGAAGGAUCGUAAUGGAUGUUCGGUAGAGAUGGCUAGGAAUAAUGUAAUGAGGAUGAUUUCAGAUGAGUGGAAACGCAUUAACCGUGAAUGCCUCAUCUCUUCGAAACGUUUCUCGCCAAUCUUUACCAAAUCUUGUGUGAAUUUUGCGAGGAUGGUUCCUCUUAUGUAUAGCUACGAUCAAAAUCACAAUCUUCCGCUCCUUGAAAAGUUCAAGCGAACAAUGUUUGAUAAUAAACAUUAA